AUGCCGCAAAGCACCAGCCGCUCUGCGACGCUGCACAGUCGCUUCCUCAAGGAAUGCAGCGUUCAAGAAAAGAUCAACUUUGAAAUCGGCAUGCGAGAAGGAAUCUGUAAACUGCUUACAGUGAGCACUCAAAAAAAUCAAAUUUGGCAAGCAGUUAAAAACCUGAUGGUUUGCAAUGCUCGUAUACUUGUCUACAGGACAGAGCUCCAGAAACAAAAAGAGCCAAUCACAUGUGCAACUGAAGGAUGGUUAGUAGUUGGGAGUUUUCUAUUACAAACUGAGACUCUUGAUAUUCAUCCAUUCAAAAAGGUCUGUGGUGGAAAUUUUUGCUGCUCAGGAGCAUGUAUAUAUUUUUUUAUAAUAAGUGGAAUAGAACUUGUAUGCAGUAUUGAGAAGAGUGGUACAGAGUUACUAUUUCUCUCAGAUUAUUGUUUUAAUGAAGUAUUCUGUAGCAGCUUGGUGCAGAAACUCUUCAAUUACUGCUUACACAGUGGGUCUGACAGUUCUGGCAGAAAAAGUUCGGAUAGGAUGGAUGCAUCAGGCAGUGCCCUACGGGUGGUAUUACUUCAAAGAUGUGGGGAAGAAGAGCCCCCGAUCACCUUCGCCAGUCAGAAGCUCAGCCGCACCAAGACCAGCAGGAAUUCAGUUGUUCACCAUAAAGAGCAUGCAGUGUGCAAAGGAAGGGUUACCAUAUCAGGAUCACAGCGCUAUGCAAUUUUUUGCUUAUUCAAAAUGGGAGCUGAGGUUUUUGAUACAGAUGUGGCUAUUAUGGAUAAAGCAGUAACUGAUAUCUGUUUUGAAAAUCAAGAUAUGUUGUUGGAUACAAAUCUGAGCAAGAGAAUACCUGUGCUAUACACUCAGCUAAUUCACAGAUGUUCUGAAAAACUUGUUUUCAGUGAUGAAGCAGGACCUGACUUCCAGCUGAAGAGUGAAGUAUAUAGUUGCUGUAUGGAUGAGUCUUCAUCUGUAACAAACACUCCUAAAAAGCUAGCCAAGAAACUCAAAACAUCAAUUGGCAAAGUUACUGGGAAGAAAUUCAAAUCUCUGCUAGAAGACAACUCUGAAUCCUUUUUGUUCACUGACCCACGCAUACUUGGUGUAAAAUACAGUUUGCUGGAACAUACCACUUUGGGGUUGGACAGUGCUGAGGAUAGUUUCAAGACCCACAGCCUCACCUUUUCAGGAAAUGGAAUGGCUUCUCUUAAAGUGGCCAGACCUCACAGAAAACUAUCUAUAGAUAUUAAUUUCCGUAGAAUUAUUCCUCUCUCCUUUGAAAUAAAACAUGAAGGGGUUAUUAACAUUCGAGCCAUUGCUUCGGCUUGUAUUGAAAUACUAACAUUGUUGAACAGAAAUGUUUUUGAAACCACAAUCUGUGCUGUGGAUAAGGAUUCCAAGAAAACUCAUAAUUUUUCUAUUAUUAAUCCUGUGGCUGGAGAGGCUGUGACUCAAAAUUUUGCAUCUGACAAUAGGGAAGAACUUCAUAAGUGGAUGGAAGCUUUUUGGCAGCAUUUCAAUGAUUUUAGCCAUUGGAAACAUUGUUGCAAAGAAUUUAUGAAAAUUGAGAUUGUCACCGGAAACUACCUACCACAGAAACCACCUUUGUUCUUGACAGAGGCAAUCUUAUUCUACCAUGAUAUAAGCAUUGAUUCACCAAUGAAACACAAGAGCUUAGUUGACAUUAUACAAAGAAAAAUUGAGGAAACUGAUGGAGAGUUCCUGAUCAGCCAGCAGAAAGAGUCUAUACCUUCUCUGUGGGCCCCCAUAUUUGCUGGUGCUCACCAGAUGCUUGUCCAGAAAAGUAUUGUACUUCCAUGUGAGACUACUAGUCCUGAUGAUAGCAAAGGGAAGAAAAGAAGAGCUCCACUGCCACCAACUGAUAAGCCACCAUACAGCUCAAAAACACAGAUGAACACAGACCAGCUGGACAAGGAGAACUUUGGAAACAAGUCUGCCAUUACACAUAGGACCUCUUCUUUUGAUUUGAAGUUAUCUUCCGUAAUGCAUCACUUGCAGAAGCCCAUUGCUGCUCCUCGCAAACUGGGACCUUGUGGAAAAAGAAGCCUACCUGACAGUGAAAAUCCCCUUUUUUCAGUUAGAGAGUUUGAAGCCAAACCAGUACCAGCUCCUAGGAAGAAACCUGUGAAAGAAAUGCUAGACCCUAGAUCCUGGAUGGAGUCGCAAAUGUAACAUUUAAGCCCUGGAGAAACAUGCUGUUUGAGGUGCUCCAAAUAACAAAGUUAGAGACCUGUGGCUGAAGAAGCACUUCAAAAAUGGCCAAAGUAUUUCAAAUAUGACCUUAAAAAAACAAGUAACACCUUUUAAAUGCUUCCUGAAAUAUCUGCAUAUUCCAACUGUCUUUCAGCAUCCCAUGGUGCUUCAUUAGCCAUCCCCAUGCCCAUGGGUCACUAGGGGCGGUGGGGCAGACAGGGAGAGAGGCAUGCAGGAAUUCCUGCUCUCCAGCCCCCUGGAGAGGUGGAAAACAGAGGUGAUAUCAAUCUUAUGUGGUGCUGAAUUUAAAGUGCUCUAGGAUUUGGAGUGUUUCAGAUGCAUGUCUGUCCAUGGCCUUAGUUUAAAAAUGUGCUCAGAAUAUAAAAGAACAAUUGAUGUCCAUCAGUGAUGUAAGCCUUUUGCUAGAACUUUGUGGCCAUUAGAACUAAUUUUUAGCAUUAAGUUAAUAAAUGUGCUUGAU